AUGUCUUCAGAGCUUUUCCGGUCACUCGUUGCAUCGCCGGAGCUGUACCAGGUGAGACGAUCCUUGUAUGACUGCACCAAACCAUGUCUCUAUGUUGUUCUUCAGAACAUGGAGAACUCAGAAAACCGUGUCUAUAUUCUCCGGCGGAAACCCAACGGUGGUCGCCGCUUGGUUCUUAUCCCGUCGCUUCCCGCUAUGCCUCGCGCAGCAAGCAUUGUCGCGGUGGAUUCGAAGAUACAUGUGUUCGGUGGGUAUAAGUCUAACCAUCAGGGCAAGACAUCAAGUGCUUUUAGCAUCGACUGCUUAUCUCAUACGGUGCAACCUCUUCUGAGCAUGCCUGUGCCCGUGGCUAGUUCAGUCGCCUGUAUCAUCGACAAGAAGAUUUACGUAUUUGGAUUCACAAGUUAUAACACCAAGGCCAUGGUUGUGUUCAACACAGAAACACAAACAUGGGAGCAGCCUGGGAUGAUAGAGCCAGAUAUCGAGCUAGGUCAUAGGUUGUAUGAUUGUGUGGUGAUGGAUAAUAAGAUGUACACGAUGGGUUCUUCUUCUAAUAGCUUAGUUUACGAGCCAAAAGAAAAAAAAUGGAAAGAAUCGGAAUGGAGACUGGGUAAUAGACAGUACUGGAAGAGUGCGUGUGUCAUUGAUGAUGUAUGUUACUACUACGAUCGUCGUGACAACAAGUUAAUGGCGUAUGACAUAAAGGAGAGGCAUCGGGAAGUGGUCGUUGGUGCGAAUGAAUUUUUGGCUAAGGCGAGACGUUCAGGAGGCUGGUGGCCAUGCACUACUGUGAGUUACGGUGGGAAAUUGCUUGUCCUUUUUACCAAAAAAGUUGAAAUAGUAAAAGAGCUUUGGUGUGCUGAGAUUACGCUUGGAGAACGCAAUGGACAAACUAUUUCAGAUGAAGUUGAGUGGUACGAUGUUGUGUUUGCUGGGCAUUUUAACUUGAUAGAAUCUCUAGCUGCUGAAUCUAUCCUUCAUAUAUAA